AAGAAGAAAAAAAAAUCGAUGUAGGCUGUCCCGAAGCUUGUCAGCAACGACAACACCAACGUAGCUGGCUGGCAAAGUCGAUUAGUAGUAUGAAUUAGAUGGUGCUUCUCUUUCAAUUGAGUCUGGAUUCAAGAAGCGAUUGACUGUGGUAUGCGGGGAAGCCUCACACAACUGUUAUCAGUUCAGACUCUAAAGCGAGGAUCCUGCUUAGAAGGUCAAAAUCUAGAGGCGUGGACAGGUCACAACACUUCCAAAGAGAUUUCAAUCUUCAUGCUG